AUGACGUGCCCGGAUUGUGUCAAAGGCUAUAUUCUUCCUGGAGAGCCUGUAGGCUCUAUCAUUCCUGACUUUCAAGGAGCAUAUUUCACCCCUGGGCCUGGUUCUGACCCUUCGAAGCAGGCGGUCUUACUUUUCACGGAUGCCUUUGGUCUACCGUUGAAGAACUGCAAAAUAAUUGCGGACAACCUGGCUAAGCGACUGGAGUGUGACGUGUGGAUCCCGGACUAUUUCAACGGUCGACCUCUUGUUCCUGUCGACUCUAUGGGCAUCCCAGACCAUGCAGGCCACAAGUUGUCGCUGUGGACGCGUAUUAGCUUCAUUUUGUUCAACAUUCUUCCCAACCUCCCUGCGAUCAUCAGCAGCCGACCUUCAGUCGCCGUGCAACGUAUUGCGUCUUUCAUCCAAUUGCUGAAGGAGAAGAAGCAGUAUGAGAAACUCGGCGCCGUAGGGUAUUGCUUUGGCGGUACAAUGUGCAUUCGCACAGGACGGACGGAUCUUCUAGAUUCCCUGGUUAUUUGCCACCCAGGGCCUUCAACACUUGACGAUGUGAAAGCUAUCAAAGUACCGACGGCCUGGGUCUGUGCUGAGGAGGACGACUACUUCCCUGAGUCGCGUCGAAAUGAGACAGAAGCUGUCUUUGCAGCGCGGAAGGACAAAGAAGAUUUUAUUGACUACGAAGUGAAAGUCUACAAAGGUACCGCUCACGGCUUCGCUUCAAGACCGAAUCUGGAUCUCCCGGAGAUCAAAGAGGCACACGAAGCGGCGUUCGAACAAACAGUAGAGUGGUUUAAGAAGACACUGAUUGUUUGA